GACCGAUAUUUUGGCGACUUAAUUGGGCUCGUGGAAUUCGAUGAUGAUAACCUUUCAUUGGAUUCCUCUGUCGCCCAGCAAAUAACAUUUGGAAAUGCCCCUUUCCAAGUCGGCACGACUGGUCUCGAAGGGUGUACUGUGGUGACUGUUGUAUCCAAGCGAGCCGUCUACAUGGCGCACUACUGGGAACGCAAAAGUUGGACUAGCUCGUACUGGUUCCCAAGACGCAUCAUCAACUUUAUCGCUGGCCGGAAUCCAAAUCAGGGAGUUGGUCCUGCCCUCAACCCGGCACUAUUCAACCGCCCUACCGACGACACGCGGAUCUAUAUCAUGCACCCCCGCAAGGGUGGGAAAAAGGCGACGUACACUUCGCCAAAUUACACAAAGAAGUUUAAACAAUUGAGAAGCUUGCUCAACGAAGAGCUUCUUCCCGGCGUACCCACAGCGACUUGGUUCUAUAUCCCUGUCGCCAACCCGGGGGACGUGCCCGAUCCCAUUGCUGAUCAGCCCUGGAGACGACACGCCGUCUUCCAAUAUGACCCGCAAGCGCAUGGUACAAGAAGCAAAGGAUGGAGACUCUUCUACGAGGAUCAUUAUUUCGAUGAUACAAACCCCCCUCCUGGCACUGAAUCUGCCAAUGGAAUUCCGGAUAUCCCAUGA